GAAAGAGAGAGGACGCGGAAGGAUGCGCCUCUGCAAGUGGAAACUUCCGCGACACCUGUCUGUCUCCCAGAUACUUUUGGCUCGCCUUCCCACCCUCGGCGACUCGGCUUAUUAUUUUUCAACCCAAAAGCAGCAGACGCAGGCACCGCUGAAUGGAAGAUCACGAGGGGGAAGCUAUUCAAGGCUGGACCACUUCCUCUGAGGCGAGCCUGCUGUCACACGCCCUCGACUGCUCAGGAGCGACACAGGGAGAGCUGUGUGUCAGCGGACAGACCGCAGACGGACAGUAUGAUGAUCAGAAGCAGCAGAGGGCGGUACCCUUAACGCAAGGAUUGGUUUUGUCCAGACGUAAGAGACAGCUGGAGCAGAGGGGUCACACCCACCUGAGCCACUCCAGCCUGCCCGGGGCCGUCUCAGUCAGAGGCUUCCCUAAUACUCUCAUCCAGGCUGAUAGGUCCAGGCGGCACUUGGUUCAAGCUGCGAAUAAGAAAAAGAGCAAGCGCAAAUCCCGCGUCGGCUCCUUCUCCCUGCUCAGCAGCGACAAGAAAUCCAACCCGCUACAGGUGAUUAGAGCAAGGAGGCAGGUGAAGAUGGACCCAGCCAAGAGGAACUCCAAUCGUUCCGGAGCGUUCUCUGUCCUGGGAGAUCCGCUGAAUGAAGGACAGGAAGAAAGACCCAAGAGAAGCGUUUAGAAGAAGAGUGCUGCAGAAGAAAAAUGCUCUUUCUCAUCUUCAUUCGCAUUUUACCCAAAGACACAUCAUUAACAAAUUCAAGAUCUGACAUUUGGAGUAAGAUCUUCUGUGUUUUUUGAGUGACCAUGAUGUGUGUGUCCACCAUUGCUGUUCCAACUGUAAGCUAGCUUACUUCAAUCAGCCAGUUUGCACUUACAGAUACUUUUUAUAUACUAUUUUAAGUUUCUAAUAUAUUCUUGCAUGUUACGAAAUCAAGUUACAAAAGAUCCCAUAUUAAUAUUUCUAGUUUGCCAUGUUGUUGUAACCUAUUUAAUCACAGAUUCCUUAUGAAGAUUGGGGGUAUAUUUUUGCAGAAAUAUUUCUUGUGUUGUGUGUGUAUCAGAUUUCAAUAAAAAAGUUUACCGGAGUCACAA